GCCAUUAUUCCUCUGUGGGAUCUGAGACCAGGAGGUGACAAAACAGCCACCAUGAGCCAAGUGACAAUCAAGGACCUUGAAGUUCUCAACUGUGAAUAUGGCAAGAAUACAAUUAAGUUCCUUCGCCUUCACAGAGAGGGAAAGAAGCAUUUCGUUAAAGAAGUGGAAGUGUGUGCACAUCUCCGGCUGACUUCUCCUCAGGAGUACCUGGACGGGAACAAUUCUCUUGUGAUACCUACAGACACCAUAAAGAAUACUGUCCUUGUGUUGGCCAAAAAAAAUGGGAUCCCAAGUUUAGAACAAUUUGCUAUAGAUAUCUGCAAUCACUUCAUGACAACAUUUUGCCAAGUGGCCUACGUCAAAACCUACGUUCAAGAAGUACCAUGGCAACGUCUGCAUGAGGAUGGAGUUCCCCACAUCCACUCAUUCAUAUGUGUUCCUGAUGGAAUCCGCUUCUGUGAAGCUGAGCAGUGCCGGAAUGGUCCUCUGGUUGUCUUUGCUGGAAUUAAGGACCUGAAACUUAUGAAGACAACGCAGUCUGGAUUUGAAGGCUUCUGUAAGGAUGAACACACCACACUUCCUGAAAGGCAUGACAGGAUUCUGUGUGGAGAGCUCUUCUGCAAAUGGUCAUAUGGCGAAUGCAAGGAUUUUGACUUUGACUGCAUAUGGAAGAAAAUCCGUGAAUGUAUCCUUGAAGCCUUUGCUGGACCACCUGACUGUGGGGAAUAUUCACCCUCUUACCAGAAAACUGUCAACUGUAUCCAGAUGCUUGUCCUUUCCAGAGUGUCACAGGUAUCUUCUUUCCUCCUAAUGAUGUUUUACUUCAACAAUAGUGAAUGUUAAUUGCACCACUGAGAAGACCAACAUGAGACUGUUAUUUCCUCUGUCAGUUCUAAGACUGGCAACUCCCCAGCUGGGAACACAAUGUGGGAGAACUUCACUCAGUUCUUGGCAGCCCUUGAAUAAAAGUGAAAGGUGUGCUACACAUGUUCACUAGAUUACAUUUGAUCAACUGUACUGGGGGAGGGUGGGGUGGCAUUGUUCUUUUUUACACAGAGUGAAAAGCUUGCCAGGCUGUUGACUGAAAAGGUGCCCUAAUUCAUUGUCUCAUCCAUUCUCAUGGUUUCAGGUACAGGUCAUAGAAGUCGUCUUGAACAACACUUUUUAUAAUGUUGUAGACAUGAAGAAUCUAGGCUUGACCAAUGACAAAGAAGUAAGUAACUGUUUUAAAUACAACUUGACUGUCCGCUUUAGAAAUACUCAGCCUCAAAGCAUAGCAGCAGUUCUUCAUAAAACAGAGUUAAAGUGAGCAAGCUUUCUUCCCCCGUCCCAAUAAAAGCUCCAUAUUACUUCUAAAAAGACUUACAUUGAUUGCAAAAGGAGGAUGAAUAAUUUUCUUCUUGUGGUAUUGGUAAAAGCUAAAGGUCAAGUGGAAUACUCUGGACAUCAAAAGGAUCUGUAACAGAGACUGUCUCUGAAAAAUUAUUCCUGUUUUCUCCACUGAAUUUUACUCUCAAUUAACAAUUACAAUUAACCUGGGCAUUUUACCCAAGCAGAAUACACUGUGGCAUCCCAGAUUGGUCCAACAGUGGAUGAGGUACAAGCCUGGGAUCAGGCAGAGGGCAUGAGGUAGGGGGUGAGAUGCAUUUGCUCCUCCCUCCACAGCUGCUCUAGCACAGCUAGGUCCAGCUGAAAGUCUAUUACUCUCAUAUGAAAGAGAAAAAUUGAGUUACUCCAUUUGACAUCAAUGGUCUAUAGUCUGUUUAUUAUCUAGUCUCCCUCCAAAGUCUGCUACUGGGCUCUGCUAUCCUUUCCCUCCUUCAUGUGGACAUUACAGAUCCACUUUUACUUGUGAUAAUGUCAGCAUCUAGCACUGAUGUUCAUAAGAGAGGGAAAGAGUCUGGGCAUGAUUUUAUAAGGAGGCGAAUAGCUGCAUUUUUCUGCUGGCACAUCCUCAUCUCAAACAUAACCUUUGUGUUUGUGCUUAUGCCCCUCAGGUUUUCGUUCCAGUGGAAGCUCCUUAUGGCUCCUGUGCUUGCACACUUGGCAGGAA